AUGGUUACCACUGGUGCGGAGAGGCAGAUCCCCUGGAUCUUUCAGAAGUCAAGCGAGCAAACCAUGAUGCAGAUGAACCUCUUGAACCUGUCUAUGUCAACUUCCGCAGUGUUUCGCAAGAUGAAGCUCAUUGAUGAUGACAAGGCUGUGAAGGCUGGAAAGGACACCGGCGCAGACAACAUUGAUGCAUCCAGCAAGAAGAAGAACUUGGCUCAAUCAGUGAAGAAAGAUCUCUCAAUGAUUGGUCUGGCAUCUGCAGCGCCAAGCGUUCCUGGAAAUGACCUGCAUGGCGAAGAAGGUGAUGAAGAUGAUGAGCAAGAAGCCACUGCGUGUGGAUCAUGCGAACCACCAUGCAGUACUAACCCAGAGUCAUUGGCCAAGAAGCAGAACUUGUCGGGCAAGAAGGGUGCCAUCAAAGCAAAAAUUUUCAAUGGCUACCAUGUGGAUGAAGUGAAGGGAUACACUUCUUUUAUCACAGCCAUUGAUGGUUCUGAUGAGAAAAGAGAGAAAACGGCUCUUGAUGAAGCCAUUGGUGCGCUGCAAUUCAUCGCAGACAUGGUGGCAAUGUCAACGCCUUCGGGAGAAGCACGCCCGAAGAAGAGGGCAAGGAAGGACAAAGAUUGUGGUGAGCGCAAAGUUGAUGGCAUGCUCAGCACCAUGCUAUUCUGCCUGGGCAUUUUCCUUGAGUUUGCCUUUGCCGGAGAAGCAGUGUCAAAUGGCAAGCUCUUCAAAGUCUACAGUGCUUUGAGGACAGAGCUUCAGCAGAUCCUGCUUACCGCGAGUGAGCAAGUCCUUAUGGUUUCAGCCAAUGGUGGCUCUCAACAACAUGUUGAUCCCAUUCAAGUCGCCAAGAUGCUGUGUGCCACCUUUGCUUCAAAGCCCGUGAGCCAAAUCGUGUUCGACGAUGCCGAAGAAGCCAACAUCAAGCGAGUGACUACGGUGAUGUCCUUGCAUCGCUCCGACAUUGUGAUCCCACUCACGGAUUUCUGCAAGGACAAGCUGCAUUUGCCAUUGAUGCUGAUGGACUAUCCUAUGAAGACGUUGAAAGCUUUGUCUACGGAAGUUGACAAGUCAUGCAUUAGGAAUUGCAUGGAUUUGAUGGCGUUUUUGCACAAGAACCUGGCAGAGAACCUUCCGUUCAGCUGGUUCUGCUUUGCUCAAGAUGUGAGUGACUUGAUCACAGCAAAGGGACAUUUCGUGGAGAAAUCAGAGGAGGUCUUCAAGACAGAGGUUACUUUGGAGAAGUUCCUGUCCUUGCGAGUGAAGGCCACCAUGUUUAUCCUGAAUGAGGCGGUUCGGAAUGUUCCAGACUUUGCGUUGAUGGAAGAGAGUGAGGAGUGUAACAACACCUUGUGCUCCUUGCAUUGCCUGAAGGAUGGCUCAGAGACCUUCUUGUCACUAUCCACCUGUGACAUCUUGCUUUCGUCAAAAGAUUGGGCCUCCACUUGGGCGUUGUCUCUCUCUCAAGCCAAGUCCAUGGAUGACUUGGCAGACCUGAUGUUGGAAAAGCUUGGCCUUGACAAAGCAACUAUUCUUGGAAGAUCCAAGCCGCCUGCUCCUAAGACAUCCGAGGUCUCCCCACCCAAUGCUUCGGAGAAGAAGGAAGAGGCGGAGACGAAGGACGGGGAAGGGGAAGGUAGCAGCAAAAAUGGAGGGGAUCCUGUGCCUGAUGCCGAUUUGAUGGCCAAACUUGAUCUGGAAGCCGUUCCGUUGGCAUUCAUCAACGACUACCAGGGAUGUGCUCCUGAGGGUCAAGUGGGCUUGUUUGCAGACUCCAUUGAGGGCCGCUCUUUGCAACUGAAGAGUGAUGCAUUCACUGGCAGCUUCUUCAAAGCUCUCCAGUGCAAGCUGGAGUGCGCUUUGUGGCAAUACUACAGCCAAGUGAAGGAAGAGUCAGUGAUCAUCAACCUUGCUGGCAAGAAGACUGAGGCGUUCAUCAAGCUACCAAUUCCAAGUGACCUCAAACUUCCCUUCAUUGGAUCUGUCAGCCAGAUCAAGUCGAAGAAUGCUUUGCCGUUAGCAACGCUUUUCGGGGUUCCUUUCUUCGUGGAAAGUCGCGGUGGAGAAGCUCAAAGUUCAGAUGUCUUCGUUCCGGCAUGGACAGUGAAGACUGUCAGCAAAGUAGAUCAGGCUUUUCUGCAAGUGAAGACUGAGCAGUUCCAUCUCUUGCUUUGGAUGCCAGCUGGUGCUACAAACCCCAAUCAGAUCUGCGUGAGGUUGAAGGAGCAGAAUCCGUUGCAGUCCGCGAUUGAUCCUGCUCAGGAGCUUGACUCAGGCAUCGCAAGAUACUGUUCUGUGGAAGCCACGCUGCAGUCCUUGAGGCCUUUGCCCGAUGUGAAUGAGAAGGUUCAGAAAGGAUUCGAACUUGACCAGCAAAGGGCAGAAAAAACAGCUCGUGGCCUUGUCGAAUCAGCCAUCAAGAAGAAGAACAAGGAGGCCGGCAGCAAGAAAUGCAAGAAUGCACUAGCAGGUAUUUGCGGUGACCUGCCUGAGGAUCCUGACAAACGUGCAGCAGCCAUUGAUGAGCUGAUUGGGGAUUGUGAUCGAAUUGAGGAGGUGAUUCAGAAUGCCAUCAAGCAGGUGAAGAAACCUUUCCGGGUGCCUAUCACAAAGCUUACAUCUGAGGAUCGAGGUGGGCUGCGGACAAAGCAAAUGAAAGACGCUUUGGCAGCUGCGAAGAAGCAUGAUGCCCUCAAGCCAGAUCAAGAUCAUGCCGAUGACAAGGAUGAUGCCGCACCUGCUGUCCGUGGAGUGCGGGCAGUGCUCCAGGACGCAGAGACGAAGGGCAUCAAACCGAAACCCAAGAAGGCUGCCAAGAACUCAACUGGCAAAGACUCCAAUGCCAAGUCUACCUUGGUAGAGGCCAGGAAGUUGGGAAAGCAUCUUCUGAAGUGA